UCAAGCAUCUCCUGCAACAGAUCUAUGGCAGUUAUUAUAGUUUUAGGCUUGGUAGUGUUAAUAUGUGGAGUUUUCUUAGUGAAGCGGCGCAAUUCGUUUGAGUUUUAUGGGCCUAAAUCGUAUCCUUUUGUUGGGUGCAUGAUUUCCUUCUGGAAAAACCAAAGCAGGCUUUGUGAAUGGUACACAGAGCUACUAAGAGACUCCCCCACGCAGACCAUGACAAUUCAGCGGUUGGGCGCCAUUACCACAGUGAUGACGGCUAAUCCAGAGAACGUGGAGCACAUACUGAAGACCCGAUUUGAGAAUUAUCCCAAAGGUCACACCUUCAACGAGAUUCUGCACGACCUGCUGGGCAAUGGCAUCUUCAACGCAGACGGAGAGCCGUGGAGAAUGCAGAGGAAGAUUGCAAGCUACGAAUUCAAUACAAAAUCUCUGCGCAAUUUCAUUGUUGAUUGCGUGCAGGCAGAGACGACGGAUCGUUUGCUGCCUUUGCUCGAGCAAGCUUGUCAAAGUGGGAGUGUUCUUGAUUUUCAAGACGUUCUGCGGCGCUUUUCAUUCGACAACAUCUGCAAAGUGGCAUUCGGAAUGGAUCCAAACUGUCUCGACCUCAGUCUUCCGCAGUCUGAGUUUGCAGAAGCCAUGGACGUCGCAAGCUACCUGAGUUCCAAAAGAGCGCGAUCUGUGAUAAGCCUGGAGUGGAAACUCAAGCGGGCUUUGAACGUCGGCUCCGAAAAGACUCUCGCUGAAGCAGUCCGUGUUGUUCACAAGUUUGCCAGAGAUAUUAUCGACAAGAGAAGUGUGGAAGGGGAUCUCAAACCAGACCUGCUCUCAAGAUUUCUCCAGCUAACUCAAGGCAACUUUGAAGAGGACUGUUUACGAGAUAUUGUGGUGAGUUUCGUGUUGGCUGGCAGAGAUACCACGGCUUCUGCAUUGACAUGGUUCUUCUGGCUCGUUUCUUCCCAUCCCGAGGUGGAGGAACUCAUUUUUAACGAAGUGAAUAAGUUAAAGGCCCUGUCAUAUGAGGAGAUGAAAGGGAUGGAGUAUCUUCAUGCGGCGAUAUAUGAGUCAAUGCGGCUAUUUCCUCCUGUUCGCUACGACUCAAAACAGGCGCUUCAUGAUGAUUAUCUUCCAGACGGUACCUUCGUGAAAAAGGGUAGCCGAGUAACUUAUCAUCCCUACGCAAUGGGGAGAAUGGAUAGCAUCUGGGGCACAGAUUGCAUGGAGUUUAAGCCAGAGAGAUGGAUUAAGGACGGUGUGUUUCUUCCGCAGAGGCCAUUUAAGUACGCUGUCUUUCAGGCUGGUGCCCGCAUGUGUUUGGGCAAAGACAUGGCGCUCAUUCAGAUGAAAUAUAUCGCUGCUUCUGUGAUUCGUGGAUUUCGCUUAAGGGUUGAUCCCCAGCACGAGGGACAUUGCAUUCCAAGUUUAACUGCAAGUAUGAAGAAUGGCCUGCCAGUUGUUGUGGAAAAGCGAAGCUCGUGAUUGCUUGUCUUGUGACGUCAAUCAUGUCUUAGAAUUGUCU